AUGAGUUGGGUGCCUGCUGACUGGGCUUUGGCCACCACUCAUCUUGCCAGUGACUAUGUUUGCUGCCAGUUCUAUGCCAUUGUUGGAGUGACACCGAAGGUCCUCCCACCGCCAGAGCUUGAUGUUGUUUUGAUGCUAGGUUGCUCCCACCUUGCAAGGAUCCUUGUCAAUGCAUAUCUUAAUCCUGUCACUAUCAACUUCGAUAUGACGAGGUAUUCCGAAGUACUGCAAAAGCAGGAGAGAGGUGUUAACUCUGGACAUGAAGAAUUUCUCCUCACCCGAUACCCGCCAGAUUGUGAGAUUAUCCUGGAGUGUCCUGCAGUUGUCCUAGACAAAUUUGGUCUUAUCAUGCUAUGGUACCUCCCCAGAGCAAUUGAUGCUGCCAUUCAGAAUGACAUGCUUUCAGCGAUGAUGAUGAUGUCGGGCCUGCUGGGCAAGAGUAUCACCCAUGGUACAUCGCCGAAGGAGAAAUGGCGUACCCAUGAAUCCAAUUUUCAAAUCAGUGAACAUGGCCUUACCUCAGGGUGCAUAAAUCUAUCGCCAGAGUGGUUCCUGCAAGCUCAUCCGUUUCAGCCUGAAGUGUUGGCGACCCUUAAAAGCGACAAUGGUGUGGCUUACUGUCGGGCGAUGUGCAGACCGGUGCCCUUGUUUGCCGCUGCAUUGAGAGUCAUGCACUCCGGUCUUUAUUGGGGCAUCAUUGACAACACAACUGGGGCUUGGGCCCAUGGGGAAUCACCUCAGAGAAUGGGCAUCUGUAUUUACCAGUUGUCCGCCAUCGAUGUGGCAACCGGUAUAACUCCCUUGCACCGAGAUGCUCUGUCCCGUGCUCAAUGGUUUGACAUAAUGACCAGUGUCGGUGGUUAUACAAUCGGCGCGAAUGAAGAUGCCAAAUAUUGGAUUGAAAUUGCCUAUAAUCCAGGUGUCAUGGCUGGCACCUCAGGAAGAAUUGUUAGGCAUGGGGGGAACUGGGUGAACAGCGAUCGAGUUGGCUGGGUGUGGUACAUGAGGGAUGAUAUUCAUGAAUUUGUAGAUGUACCUCGAGGUGAUUAUUCAAGGUACAAAUCUGUAGUUACUGAUGCAAUGGAAUUCACAUAG